UUGCAGUGCGGGGGGGUUAGGGAGGAAGACAUCCACCCCACCCCCCCCAACCCCAUCUCUUCUCCUUGCCUGGGCUCGGACGCUGGAACACUCCAUGAACUUGGAUUGUGUCUGUGGCGAGCAGGAUGGUCGGUGUUACUUUGUCAUGAAAUCGGGGAUGAAUUGCUCGCUUUAAAAAUGCUGCUUUGGAUUCUGUUGCUGGAGACGUCUCUUUGUUUUGCCGCUGGAAACGUUACAGGGGACGUUUGCAAAGAGAAGGUCUGUUCCUGCAAUGAGAUAGAAGGGGACCUCCACGUAGACUGUGAAAAAAAGGGUUUCACGAGUCUGCAGCGCUUCACCGCCCCGACUUCCCAGUUCUACCACUUAUUCCUGCACGGUAAUUCCCUCACCCGGCUCUUCCCUAAUGAGUUCGCCAACUUUUACAAUGCCGUGAGUUUGCACAUGGAAAACAAUGGCUUGCAUGAAAUCGUCCCUGGGGCUUUCCUGGGGUUGCAGCUGGUGAAAAGACUGCACAUCAACAACAACAAGAUCAAGUCUUUCCGCAAGCAGACUUUCCUGGGGCUGGACGACCUGGAAUACCUCCAGGCCGAUUUUAAUUUAUUACGGGAUAUAGACCCAGGGGCCUUCCAGGACCUGAACAAGCUGGAGGUGCUCAUCUUAAAUGACAAUCUCAUCAGCACGCUCCCUGCCAACGUGUUCCAGUACGUGCCCAUCACCCACCUGGACCUCCGGGGGAACAGGCUGAAAACGCUGCGCUAUGAGGAGGUGCUGGAACAGAUCCCCGGCAUUGCCGAGAUCCUGCUGGAGGACAACCCCUGGGACUGUACUUGUGACUUGCUCUCCCUGAAAGAAUGGCUGGAAAAUAUUCCCAAAAACGCCCUCAUCGGCCGGGUGGUCUGCGAAGCCCCCACUAGACUGCAGGGCAAGGACCUCAACGAGACCACCGAGCAGGAUUUAUGUCCUUUGAAAACCCGAGUGGAUUCCAGUCUCCCUGCCCCCCCUGCCCAGGACGAGACGUUCCCUCCUGGGCCGCUGCCAACUCCUUUCAAGACAAACGGGCAGGAAGAUCACGCCACGCCAGGGUCUGCGCCCCACGGGGGCACAAAAGUCCCAGGAAACUGGCAGAUCAAAAUCAGACCCACCGCGGCCAUAGCGGCCGGGAGCGCCAGGAACAGACCUCCGGCCAGCGGCCUGCCCUGCCCGGGGGGCUGCAGCUGCGACCAGGUCCCAGGCUCCGGCUUAAAGAUGAACUGCAACAACCGGAACGUGAGCAGCCUGGCGGACCUGAAGCCCAAGCUCGCCAACGUGCAGGAGCUUUUCCUGCGAGAUAACAAGAUCCACAGCAUCAGGAGAUCGCACUUCGUGGAUUACAAGAGCCUCAUCUUGUUGGACCUGGGCAACAACAACAUCGCCACGGUGGAGAACAACACGUUCAAGAACCUUCAGGACCUCAGAUGGCUGUACAUGGACAGCAACUACUUGGACACGCUGUCCCGGGAGAAAUUCACGGGGCUGCAGAACCUGGAGUAUCUGAACGUGGAGUACAACGCCAUCCAGCUCAUCCUGCCCGGGACCUUCAACGCCAUGCCCAAACUGCGUAUCCUCAUCCUUAACAACAACCUCCUGCGGUCCCUGCCCGUGGACGUGUUCGCGGGGGUCUCCCUCUCCAAACUCAGCCUGCACAACAAUUACUUCAUGUACCUGCCGGUGGCGGGCGUGCUGGACCAGCUCACGUCCAUCAUCCAGGUGGACCUGCACGGCAACCCGUGGGAGUGCUCCUGCACCAUCGUGCCUUUCAAGCAGUGGGCAGAGCGCCUGGGCUCCGAAGUGCUGCUGAGCGACCUCAAAUGCGAGACGCCCGUGCGCUUCUUCCGCAAGGACUUCCUGCUCCUCGCCAACGACGAGAUCUGCCCGCAGCUCUAUGCGCGCCUCGCGCCCACGCUCAGCGCGCACAGCAAGAACAGCACGGGCCAGGCCGAGACCGGCACGCACUCCAACUCCUACCUGGACACCAGCAGGGUGUCCAUCUCGGUGCUGGUGCCCGGGCUGCUGCUCGUGUUCGUCACCUCCGCCUUCACCGUGGUGGGCAUGCUCGUGUUCAUCCUGAGGAACCGCAAGCGCUCAAAGCGGAGGGACGCCAACUCCUCGGCGUCCGAAAUCAAUUCCCUGCAGACAGUCUGUGACUCUUCCUACUGGCACAAUGGGCCUUACAACGCGGACGGGUCCCACAGGGUGUAUGACUGUGGCUCCCACUCGCUGUCAGACUGA